AUGGGUAAAAAAGAGCCUAUUCCUGAUAUAGACCCUAGUACAAUUUCAACAGUUGAUUUAGUAAUAUAUGAUACUAAAGUAGAUGAUAAAGCAUUUUAUUUUGUUCUUGCCACUCAAGAAAACGGAGCAAAAGUAAAUGUUUGGAUUAAUCAGCAAAUAAUGUCAUUAUAUCCUGAAGUACUCGACAAAUAUCUGAAUCAAAACCCUUGCAUGCCAAAAGAUCAAGAAACAGAAACGCCUAAUUUUAUUCCUUGGGUAAAUAGCGAAAUUCUCUCAGAUUCCUGUAAAAGAACUUACACGUUAAAUUUUAGAUCCUCUUGCGCAAAUUCAAACAACUCUCUGUCAGCAGGAGCUCUAAUAACAAAAAUUAAAUCAUUUAAUAAAGCAAAGCGUCAAUUUUCAGUUGAAUUUGCAGACUGUGAUGAUACAAGUAAAGAAAUGACUGUUCCUGAUAGCUUUCUUAUUGAAUUUAAUCCUCAAUUAGUUAUUGACUUCUUUUUGAGUCAUCCCGAAUAUAUAUCAGGCGGGAUUUCAUCGUAG